CAUUAUUAAGAUAUCGAGAUAGAGUAGAACUUAUAAAUACUCAAGAAACUUUAUUGCAAAGCAAUGACCCUUCGGGUCUACAAAAUGCUCAAAUAUGGGAUACGUCAAAUGAAUAUGAAUCAGAUGAAAAUUCUCAGGAUAGUUAUACAUCUGAUCCAGAUAUGACAACAAUAAUUGAGUUAGCCGAUACUAUUGAUGGUUAUUUGGAUAAUACAGGAACGAAUAGAACAAUUUUAUCCAACCAAAUAAAAAGAGUAACACGACAGAUACGUCGCAAAUACAACAAUCUUCAAACCGAUCUUAUAAAUGAGCAACAACGAAGAUAUAGCGCAGAAGCAGAACGCGAUAUACGUCAAACAGAGUUAACACAAACUCAAGGAGAUCUCAACUUAAUAACUACUGCAUAUAAUAAUGAAAGAGUUGUAUGCCAGCAGUAUUUUUUAGAAUUACAACAAUGUCGUAUCAGAAUAGAUACAUUGGAAAAUGAUUUACAUUUAUGUGAUAUCCAGAUCGAUCUUAAAUGGGGAAAGUGGAAAAAUAGAACUCGAAAUGCAGAACAAUUAAUUUUAAAUUUGCAGGGACAAAUUUUAUUACUACAUAAUAAUCCACAAAAUAUGGCAGAAGGUAGACGACGACCAGUAUUAAAAUUAAUCUAUCAAUCUUUUCAACCAAUUCCACAAUAUAUAGGCCAAAUGCCACCCGAUGAUUAUGUAAAUACAUUAGAACAAGCAUGGUCUAUUGCAGUACCUCAAAUGACGGCUCUUGAAAAUGCAAAUGCAGGAGAUUUCAAUGAUGCUGUUAAAUGCGAUGUUUUAAAAAGUAAAAUAGGAGGUAAAUUUGCUCCAGUACCAGCUAAUGAUCCCUAUACUCAUGGUAAUCCUGCUAUAAAUACACCUGCUACAUUACGCGCAUAUUUAAAUGCGAAAUAUCAAAGAGAAACAAUAGGUAGUCAACAAUCUGCAAUCCAAAAAUUGACUCAAGAAAAAUUUCAAAUAAAUGAUACUCCUGAUAUUUAUGAAACUAGAAUUCGGCCACUAUUAUUAGGAACAGCUGAUAAUGAUGAACAAGUAUUAGGAUUUCUUAAAAACCAAUUACCGGGUGAGCUUUAUACAUGGAUGAAAAUUGCAAAUCCAGGUGGUAUUAAUGCAUUUUUCACCGAAUUAAAAAAUAUGUGGCUAGAACGUACUCCAAAUUUGUAUGAAGGUAAAGUUUAUCAACAAACUUCCUAUAACCCUAAAAUAAUUGAAACUCCGGUAAUUUCACAAACACCUGAUAUACAAAAAAUGGUUAAUGAAGCAUUAGCAAAACAGAAAUCUGAAUAUGAUGCAGAGAUAGAAAAAUUAAGAAAGGAAGUAUUGCAAAGCAAUGGGGCUUCGCCCCUUCAAUCCCAAAAAACACAAAAAACUCAGGCACCAGUUUCGCAAACAAUUGAACCGGUUAGACAACCAAGAGGUCCUCCAUUAAAUUUACAAACGGAAGAAGAUUAUGAAAAAUAUUAUUUAGCUAAAUUCUUUAAUAAUUUAG